CGUGUCUUAUUUCAUUAACAUUCAUUCUUAUGGGUCAUCAUCACCUUUAAAAAAACCAUAAAUAAAUAUAUAUCGAAAGUGAAUUCUUUGAGCCUCUGGACGAGUUCUGUCUAUAAGGAAAUUCAUGUUGUGGACUUCAUUUUCUUUGACAGCAUCGAAAAAUAUUGGAAAAACUGCUGAGAAAAAAAAUUCCGAUCAAGUGGUCCAAGAAGAAUCCUGUGGAGCUUUUUUUUCUUUUUUUUUGAAGAUAAUCGAUUCUUCAAAAAAAUAUUAAUGUCUAUCAAAGGUUUUGCCAGAAGAAGUAAAAAGCCAAAAAUAUCCGGAGACCAUUUGGCAAAAAUAUGUUUUGGGGAAAUUGUCAUCAAAGAAAGUAUCAGCCGGAUGUUUGACAGCAGGUAGAAAUGAAUGUUGUUGGGGGUUUUUUUUGCCACGGGGGCUUAUUUUAUUCCUGUAUUCCACUUUUUUUACUUGAAGUCUUUACGCUCGUUUUAGGAUUUGGCCUGUUGGGAUCCGCCUCUGUAAUUAGACUAUUUUACUGACACUGAUCCCUGACAAUCGUUCUGUUUCCCUGCAGCACAUUGUUCAUCCUGACACUCUUUGUUUUAUUUACAGUGUUGGUGGUUUUUCCCUUCUGCAUGUUUGACGUUCGAUUUUAGUCAACUGAGCCCCCAAAUGUUUCUGCUUUGAUUUUCUUCCAAGAAUGACAAUAAUGCGAUCAGCCUUUCAUUCAAUAACAAAAUCCAAUCGGCUGUAUAUUUUCAUUGAACUGCUUCAUCUCCAUUCUCAGAUUUUAAAGGGUUUUAAAAGUCGCUGGUAUUUAUCGUUUGGGUUGUUGCGCUGCUGCUGCUUCAAAACUUUACCUCGCUCACUCCUCCUCUAACCAAAACACUGCGCUGUGCGCUCCGGUUGGUUGCACGGUGCUGCGCGCCGAUUGGUCGCCCGCUCCUCAUUGUCACGCUGUCAAUCCACAUCACAUGGUCCGGCCACUAGGCCUAUUAACACAUGAGCUUGGCGAACAAGUUUACAGACUUCUGUUGCAGAGCCGUGGGGGACAGAGCAGCUCUGAGCGGAGAGAGACCAGAAGCACCUGCAGACACAUUUGCCUCUUUGGGGAAGAACUUUUUUUCCCCCAGUAUCGUCUUAUGAGACUGGUCAGUACCUCUACCUCUUUGACUUCCAGAGCUGUUUUUUGAACUUUUUUUCUUCUUCAUGUGCCUGUGAGAGAAACACUAAGAAGCUGCCAGAAUGUACAACAUGAUGGAAACCGAGCUCAAGACCCCGCUGCCGCAGUCCAAUUCGGGCUCCGGCGCAAAGAACAACAGUGCCAGCGACCAGGAGCGUGUGAAGCGGCCCAUGAACGCCUUCAUGGUGUGGUCCCGGGGACAGCGGAGGAAGAUGGCCCAGGAGAAUCCCAAAAUGCACAACUCCGAAAUCAGCAAGCGACUUGGCGCUGACUGGAAACUUCUGACCGACGCUGAAAAGCGGCCAUUCAUCGACGAGGCCAAGCGCCUGCGCGCCAUGCACAUGAAGGAGCAUCCGGAUUAUAAAUACCGUCCCCGCAGGAAGACCAAGACCUUGCUUAAGAAAGACAAGUAUUCUUUGCCCGGGGGACUGUUGCCGCCGGGAGCCAACGCCGUCAACAACUCGGUGUCGGUGGGCCAGCGGAUGGACGGCUACGCGCACAUGAACGGCUGGACGAACAGCGCGUACUCCCUCAUGCAGGACCAGCUGGCCUACCCUCAGCAUCACAGCAUGAACAGCCCCCAGAUCCAGCAGAUGCACCGGUACGAGAUGGCGGGGCUGCAGUACCCGAUGAUGUCCUCGGCGCAGACCUACAUGAACGCGGCCUCCACGUACAGCAUGUCCCCGGCGUACACGCAGCAGACCACCAACGCCAUGGGCCUGGGCUCCAUGGCGUCCGUGUGCAAGACCGAGCCGAGCUCGCCGCCCCCGGCCAUCACGUCCCACUCCCAGCGGGCGUGCUUGGGGGACCUGAGGGAUAUGAUAAGCAUGUACCUGCCCCCCGGCGGGGACAGCGCGGAGCAUUCCUCCCUGCAGAGCAGCCGGUUACACAGCGUCCACCCGCACUAUCAGAGCGCAGGGACUGGCGUCAAUGGGACGCUACCUCUCACCCACAUCUGAGAGCGACGGAGAGAAACAGACUUCAAACUUAAUGAGAAAAAAAAAAAAGAGUACUUCGGAUACUUGAACUUUUUUUUUUUGAUUUUUUUUUUGGUUGCUUAACAAACAACGACGUUCAAACUGUUUUUGUUGUUGUUGUUUUUGUUGUUGUUGUUGUUCUAAAACAACUUUUAUCUCAACAUCUUUUUUGAGUUCAUCCAUUUUAAAUGAAUUUUCAAAAUGGAUCGAAGCCGAGCGUCGAGCCCAUCAGAGUAAAUUGCAUUGCAAAGAGGCUUUUUUAUCACAAAUAUAAGCAAUCAACAUAUGUAGAAGAAUUGGACUUCUAUAUUUUAAAUAAUGCCAUAUUUUCUCUCUGUGAAAAGGCAUGGGGGCCUCGGGAAGAGGCUGGUGUGUUUCAGAAAAGCUGGAUGGAAACUUGGUACAUAAAUGUUUACACUUAAUUUGUAGAAUGUCAGUUGUCUCGACUGUGUCCAAAUUUUGUAGUCUCUCUCUCUCUCUUUAUCCCCCCCCCCUCCCCCCUCACGACCUAUAGGUUAAAAUGAUAUGUUAAGACAGUGCGGGUCGCAAACGCAAAGUUUUAUUUAUAGUAUGAUGUUUUCCCCUUUUCCUUUUAUCUUGUGAACCCGAUGUUUUUGUCACGUGAAAAAUGUUCCAAUUUGUUUUUGUAAAAAUGUUCUGUUCUGUGGAUGGUUCUGACAAGUGUCAUGUUUACUCAUUAUUCCUGAACGAAAAAGUUUAUUUAAACUGACGUUUCUACAUAUUUUAAGACCAUCCUUCUAUUCUUAAAUGCUGAAUAAAUUUGUAUGAAACAUGAA